GACGCAUUGACGCAAUGACGCAACUACGCAAUCCGUCCCGCGCGAUUUCCGAAUGUCGGGAAUUGACGAUACCAGACAGUACCAGGAAAUAAAACAAGCAGAGUUCUGCUUAUAGUCUGAUAAACUGCGGUUAAUACCAGGAUGGUACAAGAGUUUCAUGUACUGAGGUGUUUUUCUUGCAAGACAUUUCAAGUACAACAGGUCAGAAAGAGCAAAAAAUGGAGCUGCAAGAUGUGUGGAGAAAAACAGUCACUUAUAAAGGAAUACGGCAGAGGGACUGGUGCGGACUGUAGACGCCACGUACAGAAGCUGAAUUCAUUGCGCGGAGAGCUGCUACAGGUAGAAAAUGAAAGAGCUUGGACUCAGUGGGAGAAGGAGGAGGAGGAGUGUGAAGUUGAAGUCGGCUCUGGAGACGAGACUCAAAGUUGGGAGCAAAAGGGGCAGACACAGGUUGUAAGCCGCUGGAGUAAAUACGUGGACCAGAAAGAGAAUGGGCCAGGAUGUGAUGAAGAUGAGCAUGAGGAGGAAGAGAACAUUUACACAGACACAGAGCAGUGCCAUCAGCGUAGUAACAUCAGCAGAAAAAGGAAGAAAAGCUUUACUUCAGGGGCCGCUUGUGGACGCUACACUGGAGGUGGAGAUGAGGACAUGGACACUGCUCAUUGGGGGGCUAGGGGCCUGCCAUCUCAGCCUCGUCGGCGUGAUGGCACUUUCAAAUCAUUGCCUCAGGUACCACACUCUUCGACAGGAUUCCCAAACACCAGUACAAGCCAGAGAACUGAUGCUCUUUGUGAUUCUCUAGCUCCAUCACUGGGCUCGAAACACAUUAGUGCAAAUACUGGUAUAUGUUCCGAGUUCACUGGAGCAGAUAAGAAAUCUUCUGCUGAGUUAAGCGCCAAGCCUCAGACCUCAGUUCCCUUAAGCAGUUUCUUUGCACAAUCAUUCUCACAUCAGCAACCCAGUGAAUCUAAACUGGAAGCCAAGGACUCCAAGUGGGCUCGAUUUCUUCCAUCUGUCUGUGUUGAAGAAGACAAGCAUGAGGGAGACAGGGGUGAGGAUGCUCAGUGUGCGGAUGUAGACCACUCAGCACUGGCUCAGAGCCCAGUGAUGCCUGUAGCCACAGUUCCUCUUAAAAACACAGGCUGUAUGAGCAGUGGAGGAAGUGAAGGAGCUCGAUUGGAUAAGGUGUUUGGUGUAGAAAAGGUGACUGUUUUUGAGAAACUGAGUCACUGUGUGAAAGGAAAUGUGUGCAAACAGCCUAACAGUCCUACCAUCACAUCAAAGCCUGUUGACUCUCAAAAGCCUGUGUGUGUUCAGCCACUACCUAUUAAAAGGCCAUGUCCUGCCCUUUCCUUUAGCACAUUAUUCCAUACAGAUGAGGACUUUGAUGACACAUAUUAAUCUGUUACUAUUCAUCAUUGACCUAUUGGAAGUGUACCUACAAAUGGACAAAAAUAACAUACUGCGAUUGUGAUCAUCCUUGUAAUAUUGAUUAAUAUUAUAAGAUAAAUAUUGUACCAUUUUUAACAUUUUAGAAUAAUCCAGACACAUCUUGAGUGC